UCGACGACUUGAUAGAGUUCCCAUCUUCCCAUCCCACACACCGCAACCGUGGACUGAAGCAGCUGGAUCCUGCAUCCUACGUGUUCCACGCGCCCUUCGUUCCCUCCAGGGGACAAAGCUUGCCUGAAAGGCGGCCGAAACAGCCCCCAAUCGACAUUCGCGGUUUUUCCUCUUGGCAAUGGAAGGCGCCAGUGGACCAGCCACAAACGAUGAGUCGGCGAACGCCAGUGAGGCAGCAUCAACUGGAUCGGAACGCAACGUACACCCAGGAAGCGAUCGUAGAAGUGCUGUUACGCCCGACCCCACGCCAAAUGAGAUGUGCUUGAGGUCGACACCCGCCGAAUCGGUUCUGAGGCCUGAGGUUGACACUCGUGCCGGGAUACCCGCUGCGGCCAGCAACGUUUCGGCGACCCAGUCGCCCCUGUCUUCCCCCACGCCGGAGGCCCCGCGGAGAUCAGAGGGAUGGCCACUCGCGAAAAACGCGGUUGACAGUCGAACGGUGCGUAAUCUAUGUUCAGCCGAUGGACCAGCAUCGCAACAAGAAAGCAAAGCCCGAGAACUUUCAGGGGCCAGCUUGAUAGUCAGUACGUCGACGUCGCACUCGUCUGUGUCCCAUGAUGAUCUAUCGCGUGGCCGGGUCACAUCUGCGCAAGAUCAGCAGAUCGCGAAGCGAAGCGAACAAGCGUCUGCGGCAUACUCGGAGGUAUCGAAAACAUCGAUCGAGGCCGGAAUUGCUUCAGCAGCUGCUGAUCGUUCGGGCGACACCACUGGGGCGGACGGUGGGGCGUGUUUGCAGAACGGGCACAAGGAGGCAGACGACGAAAGCACACGUUGUAUUCGCCAGCAAUCAUCGUAUGCCGAAGAAGCCGCGCGGCCAAACAAGGAUACAAAUCCGGAGUGGGUAGCAUCAGCACCACGACAAGAAGACACAGCACCGGACUUCGGUCGAGGCGAGAGCAGCGGGACUUCCGGCAGGGGUUCUCACUUCGCCCCACCGUAUGAAGAAGACAUCGGCAGAAGAGCACGUUCACCAGACGCUGUUGAACAGGCGAGCGAGCUUCCCAGCUCCGCUCUUUCCAGCUCAGCUCUUCCUGAUGGUAAGGCUGGGACAACGCACCAGAGUAUUGCUGUACGUUUCGUAGGAUCAGCAGCAGCACUUGGUGGAUUCGGAUCGGUAGCCAAUAGUCAGCCAACUCCGGCGAUGACGACCGAGGACAAAAACCAGCAACUAAACGCGGCUGCGGGCCUUGAAGACGGUGUCCAAAGGGGAUCUGUCGGGGAACACAGGGGCCCUACCGUGCCUGCAGCGAAUCGCGUUGGGAUGGUAGUGUCAGCAGUCCGCGACGAGCAGGAAGCCGGGAACUUCUCCACGAACAGCCAACCAGCAUUGCCGAUAGCACGGGGUUUCGCAGGGGGUAGGGGAUGUCAGGCCUCUUCUUCCACAGCUCGGACUACGGGGGGCGCAGGCGUAGUUCGAACAGAAAAUGCGUCGCGGGUUCCCGAUGGUUCUAAACCGUCGCAAGUGCUGCCCACCCCCAGUGGGCCUUCGCCCGACCCUAGCUUCUAUCCGAACGAUAUCACAUCUUCUGGACCACAUUCUCCGUGGGAUGAAUCUGACGACGUGUCGUCGGCUGGUUGCGUGGAGGUUUCUUCCGCAGAGCAACGCGCCCCGAUCUCACAGAGUGAGCGAGAUUGUAGACCGGAGGAAAAACAAUCGGCAUCAGUCUCUUCGAGGGAGUCCGCCGAAUGCGAUUCGGCAGGAGAUACGGCUGACGUCGCCCUCGCCGCUUUUUCAUAUGCAAACGCCGUUGCUGAGGCAGGAGGUGACGGCGAUCCCGCGAGUAGCAUUCUUGCUGGCCUUGAGAAUGAGCGUGUUUGGGAGCAGAACCAGCUUGUUUCGGACGGUGGUGAGGAAGGGUCGUCGAGGUCGGCUGCGUUAGAAACCCAUGCUACGGCGGCCAAAAUGGCUGAGGAUAUCGCAAUAUCCCCGGGUCCCUCACGAGAAUGCGCGGAAGACAGGACGGCGUCUGCCACUUCUGCCGUGAUUUCCUCUGUGACCACGCAGCUGAGCUCAAGGGCUUUGUUGAAUGGGGAAGCGGCUUCUGAGAGUACCACGCUGUCAGCUGGGGGAACGACAGGAGCUUGUGGUCCUACAGGUGUGACCACAGCUGCCAGCAGGGAGAAACCGGCCAGCGCAAGUGAUCGCCACGAUGACAUGAUGCACGCGAUGUGCAUGAUUUGUUUGGAGAAGCUCAGCGACGCGGCGGAAGGGGGCGGCUCGAAGCUGCUGGGUCUUUUAGACGCAUGCUCCCACCGGUACUGCUAUACGUGCAUUCUGGAGUGGAGCAAGAUCACCAACAAGUGUCCCCAGUGCAAGGCUCGCUUUCACACAGUCAAGGCUGUCCGAGAGCUCCGACGAACCAACGACAGGUACCGUGGUGUUGCAGUUCGUGUCGAGGACAGAGACCAGGUGUACAGCUUCGUCGAUGUAAGAGACGUGGUAGUGCUGGACCCAGAAGUGGCAUGUCACGUUGGAUGCCUGGUUCGUCGCGGAGUCGACGCCAUACAGCAGGGAUGGGAGUUCUCUGUCCAAUGCGAGCAAUGUUCAACCUGGUAUCAUGGGCUCUGUGUUGGCUUUCGACAGGAAUGGGAGAUCCCGGACCUUUGGAUUUGCAGGCCAUGCAGGGGUGAGUCGUACCAGAUCACCUUGGACCCAGACGCUAUCACGGAGCCGGCGGCAAUCGUUGCUCGCAGCAGGACAUCUUCGAGUAGUAACCACGGCAGUACUCGCGGGCGGAGAGCUAGCGCACCAUCUGCGAGCCACGAUCGUCUCCCCCCGUCGGGGUCAGGGCAAGAGGGAUCGGAACCUGGGGAGGUGGUAGGCAGCCGGGGUCAAGUUCCUGAGCAGGUUAACAGUAUCGGUGAUGCUCCUCGGAUAAGCAGGAGCGUAUCAGAUGGGGGUCAAGGAAUCGGCCCAAGGAGCGACCAAGGUAGAGCGGUGUCCAACAUAACCGCCCAAGAUCAAGUAUCUGUGAACCCCCCGGAGCUGGCCCCGCAAUCACGAGUUCAGUCGCCGUCGUCUAGCCAACCACCAGGCACUGACCUCUCUCCAGGAGCAGGCGUAUGCAAGCCCUAUGCCGCUGACCUCAACAGCAGCACGUGCAUCUUCAGCGUCGCCUUUGCCGCCCCCGGGUGCAGCAGCUCCGGCCCGAGGCAAAAGGGGUAGACCCCGCGGGUCAAAGAACAAGCAACCGGCGCAACCAGCGGCGCAACCAGCGGCGCAACCAGUGGUGCAACCAGCGGUCCCAUCAACGGUUCCGCCUGCCGUGCAACCAACUGCGGUGCAACCUGUUGCACAACCAACGGCGCAACCACCGACACAACCACCGACACCGCCGACCUCGGAAUCGCACGUACAGAGAUCGUUUGCACCACGUUCUGAGGAGCCACCGCGGUCGCGUUCACAAGCAGACCACCACCAGCAACACACGCCGCCUAACACGGUU